GUGGCCUGGGCGGUGUCCAACUGGAAUCCACAGUCUGCCAGGGUGCGCUACUACCAGACCCUGCAGGCACAUCUCAAGGUGGACGUGUACGGGCGCUCCCACAAGCCGCUGCCCCAGGGGACCAUGAUGGAGACGCUGUCCCGGUACAAGUUCUACCUGGCCUUCGAGAACUCCGUGCACCCCGACUACAUCACCGAGAAGCUGUGGAGGAACGCCCUGGAGGCCUGGGCCGUGCCCGUGGUGCUGGGCCCCAGCAGGAGCAACUACGAGAAGUUCCUGCCGCCCGACGCCUUCAUCCACGUGGACGACUUCCAGAGCCCCAAGGACCUGGCCCAGUACCUGCAGGCACUGGACAAGGACCACGCCCGCUACCUGCGCUACUUUCGCUGGCGGGAGACGCUGCGGCCUGGCUUCUUCAGCUGGGCACGGUGUUUCUGCCAGGCCUGCUGGAAGCUGCAGCAGGAACCCAGGUACCAGACGGUGCGCAGCAUAGCCGCUUGGUUCACCUGAGAGGCCGGCGU